AUGCCUUCCUACGCUAUCAUAGGCGGUUCUCGCGGGCUCGGUCUGGAAUUCGUUCGUCAGCUGGCAUUGGACGGAGACAAUAUCGUCCUGGUAACCGUCCGCAACAAGCAGAGGUCCCCGCACCUAGAUGAUACCGUCAAUCAGCUACCGCACAACAACGUACACAUUCUUGAGGCCGACGUAGUUGACCAUCAAGCCAUCAAGGCCGCGGCAACUGAAGCUGGCAAUAUCACGGGCAGCAGCCUCGACGUCUUGAUAUACAAUGCGGCUCGCCUCGAGUACGACAACUUGUUGCGCGGUCUACUAGACUACGACAGCGAGGACCAACUCGACGAGGAGUUCAUGCAAUCCCUGAAGGUGAAUGUACUAGGAUCCAUUCACACCGUGAACGCGUUCUUGCCGCUCCUCCGCAGAGGCACUGCCAAGAAGAUCAUAAUCGUAGGCACUGAAGGCGGCGAGCGCGACUUCGUGCGGCGUGCGCGCCUUUCUGACAUGGCCGCAUACGGGAUAACCAAGGCUGCGGAACACAUGGUAGCGACGAAGUACGCUGUCGCGCUCGAAAACGAGGGGUUUACUGUCGUCUCUGUGAGCCCGGGCUUUGUGGAUGUCUCUGAUACUAAGAGCGAGUUGAUGUCUGAAACGAACGCCUCGAAGAUGAACGAAAUCGCAAGAAGAACUUUCGCUGCCUUCCCCACGCAGGCGCUGCUUACAACGCAGGUGGCCGUUCAACGAAUCCUGGCUGACAUCCGAAACAUAGGCCCUGCCGAGUCUGGAGCGUUCAGGCCGUCUCCAGAAUUGGCAUGAGCAGUCAGUAGAAGAUCGUUGGAAAUAGCGAAGUUAGAACGUUGUACCUCUUCGUGCAUUGCUGUCCGACCAGAAGGAUACAGAAUUCGUCGUAUUAUCAAUACAUCUGCACUAGAAGUCACUAGACUCAGCGGGGAUUCGAGAGACGUGGGACUGUCAGCAUAGGUGCAUCGAUGCGCAGACUUCAGCCCCGCACGGAGUGGAAGGUUGCCGUGUCCUGCGGUCCCAGCGAGUGGACGAUCCCCAGCACUUUCUUGACCGACUGCUCGGGUGUAAGCGGGUUGUCUCCAUAGUUUGGUAUGUUCUUCACGAUCUUGUCCGUAAUCCGCUUCAGGUCAGCCAGC